AUGCUUCUAUUUUUCUUUCUUUUCUUUUCACUUCAUUCUAGUCGUUCGGAAAAUAGUGCUUUCUUUCCUUGCUUAUUUUUCCAUUUUUCUUUCUUUCUUUCUCGUUCCUUGGUUCUUUCUUGUUUAUCCUCCAGUUCUUCCUCCUUCCUUUCUCAUUCUUUUUCCUUUCUUUCCUUCUUUUUUCUUUCUUUCUUUCUUUUCCUUUCUUUCUUUUUCUUUCUUUCUUUCUUUUUUCUUUCUUUCUUUACCUUUCUUUCUCUGUCUUUCUUUCUUUUUCUUUCUUUUUUCUUUUUUUCUUUCUUUCUUUCUUUCUUUCUUUCUUUCUUUAAUCUGAUUAAUCAUAAGUCCGCCUUCAUUCGACCACUCGUGACAGCCUGUUCAUAUCUAUCUAUCUAUCUAUCUAUCUAUCUAUCUAUCUAUCUAUCUAUCUCUGUUCAUAUCUAUCUUUUUAUUUAUCUCUCUCAUCCUAUUCAUAUCUAUCUAUCUAUCUAUGGCCAUAUCUAUCUAUUUAUCUCUCUCAGCCUAUUCAUAUCUAUCUAUCUAUCUAUCUAUCUAUCUAUUUCUGUUUAUAUCUAUUUAUUUAUCUCUCUCAGCCAAUUCAUUAUCUAUCUAUCUAUCUAUUUGCCUGAGCUCUUUCAGUUUUCUCUCUACAUCUCUUUCUAUUCAUAUCUAUAUUUCUAUCUCUUAACAUUUCAAUAUGAUCUCUCUCUCUCUCUCAUUCUGUGUUCAUCUCACUCCCGCUUUCUCUCCCUCUCUCAUUCCCAUUCUGUUUAUCUAUCAUUCUCUCUGAAGAGUUCAUCGAAAACGUUUUCUCCUUAA